AUGGACAAGGAACUAGGCCGGUUAUGUUUUGCUAAUCAAACAGUGGAUUUGGGCCGAGACUACACAAUAAUGAGGAACGAUUAUUUCGACCAUGGUGACCAAUGUAUUACUUGUGAAGUAUGCAAUGCUAAAUUAUGGGAUGCAGAAAAAGGAAGGGGAAGAAAAGAGAAAGGAAGAAUAUGCUAUUUCUUAUGUUGUGGUUAUGGCAAAGUAGAGCUACCAGAUUAUAAAGAUGCUGUCCCAAGUUAUAAGAAACUUUUUAUGUAUAAGGAUAAAGAAAGCAAACAUUUUUUGAAUAAUAUUCGACGGUAUAACUCCAUGUUUGCUUUCACGUCAAUGGGUGGUAAGGUUGAUCCCACUGUUAAUAGAGGUAAUGGACCAUUCUGCUACAGAAUUAGUGGUGAGAACUAUCACAGCACUGGAAGCCUGCUUCCGAAAAACGGAGAUCAACCAAAAUUUUGCCAGCUCUACAUUUUCGAUACUGAAAACGAACUUUCCAACAGACAAUCCGUUUUUAGUCGUUCCAAGGAUACAUCUUCCUCAAGUGUGGCUGAACUUGAUAGUAAACUGAUUGAACAUAUAAAAUGUGUUUUAGAUUCAGAAAAUCAGUUGGUAAAAGCUUAUAGGAUGGUUAGAGACUGUUUUCAUGAAAACCCUGAUCUUAAUCUCAAGCUUCGUCUAAUUGGUAUUAGAGAAAAGGAUGGACGAACGUAUAAUUUACCAACCUGUGGUGAAGUUGCUGCUCUAAUUGUGGGGGAUAUUGCCAACACAAUCAACAAUAGAGAUAUAGUUAUUGAAACGCAGACAGGUACUUUGAAACGAAUUAGUGAAUUGCAUCCUUCAUACCUUGCACUUCAAUAUCCUAUUUUGUUCCCUUAUGGGGAUGAUGGUUACAGAAUUGACAUCCCUCAUCGAGGUGUCGUAGACGUAAUCAAUAAGAAACGUCCAAAUUGUACAAUGAGAGAGUUCUUUGCAUAUCGUGUGCAAGACAGAAUUAAUCAGUUUUCAUUGAUUCUAAAUUCAAGGAGACUCUUCCAACAAUUCUUGGUUGAUGCGUAUACUAUGAUUGAGAGUGAAAGGCUUAACUACAUACGACUUCAACAAAAGAAUCUAAGGUCAGAUAGCUAUGAAAGUCUCUGUGAAUUAAGAAAUAAGGGUCAGCAAGACAUAUCUAAGGUUGGAAAACAAAUCUUUUUUCCUUCUUCGUUUACCGGUGGCGCUAGAUAUAUGAUGCAAAAUUAUUUAGAUGCCAUGGCUAUCUGUAAGUGGUUUGGUUAUCCGGAUUUUUUUAUAACCAUCACUUGCAAUCCAAAGUGGCCUGAGGUUAAAAGGUUUCUUAGAGACACAAAUCUUAAACCUGAAGAUAGGCCCGAUGUACUGAGCAGAUUGUUUAAAAUAAAGUUGGAUUCAAUUUGCAAAGAUUUUAAAGAACGACAUCUAUUUGGAAAAGUUGCAGCAGUUGUUUACACAAUCGAGUUUCAAAAGAGAGGAUUGCCUCAUGCCCACCUAUGCUUAUUCUUGUAA